GUUGGCAACUCUGAAAACCCUAUGACUGUAGUAUGGGAUGAGAUCUUUCAUAGGUUUUGUUGGCCCAGGCUAUCAGGACCUAUGACAAAGAGUCUAGAGACGAUUUUCCGUGUAAUCCCAUACCAUGGCUCAAAGAAGGUUUGGAAAAAUUGCCAUAAGGGAUCAGGGAUUGCCCAGUGCCACUCCCAACAUGACGGCUAGGAAGGGGGCGAGAGCCACUGCCACACUCAAGAUGGCGGCACGAAUGGGCGUCAAUGCCACUCCCAACAUGGCGGCAAAGGACGGCGCUGAGACGCUAAUGCCACUCCCAAGAUGAAGGCAGGGAGCUGGCCCAGGAGAAAGAGCGGAAGUGAGGUCAGAGGUGCGCCGGAAGUGUGGGGUGAUCCUGAAGCCGGAGAAGCGGCUUGUUUAAGCGGCUCGAGAGGGCGGCCCGGGCUCUGGAGGCAGCUGCUGUGGGGCCAUGUUCGACCCGGGACAGGAGACGCUGAGUGCAGAGAUUGGGGAGGACAGUAAUGGCAUCAACCUGAUGGAGUUCUCAGAUGAGAUCCUUUUGCACAUCCUGAGCUACGUUUCUUGCACAGACCUUGUUCUGAAUGUGAGGAGAACCUGCAGAAAGCUUGCAACUCUUUGUCUUGACAAGAGUUUAACCCACACGGUGCAACUUCAUAAAAAAUAUCAGGUCAACAAGGACAAAGUGAAGCAGCUAAUGAGGGGGAUUGGAAAAGAGAUCCACCAGCUGAACAUGGCUGGCUGCUACUGGCUCCCCAGUUACACCAUUGACCAUGUAAUACGAUGCAAGAACCUGGUGAAGCUGAACUUGUCUGGCUGCCAUCUCACCUCCCUCCGCCUCUCCAAGAUGCUCUCUGCUCUCCAGCACUUGCGCUCACUGGCAAUUGAUGUAAACCCUGGUUUUGAUGCCAGCCAGUUGAGCAGUGAAUGUAAAGCCACACUUAGUCGUGUACUGGAGCUCAAGCAGACCCUUUACACACCGUCAUAUGGGGUGGUUCCAUGCUGCACCAGCCUUGAGAAACUGCUGCUCUAUUUUGAGAUCCUAGACCGAUCCCGAGAAGGCUUAAUUUUGUCUGGCCAGCUGAUGGUGGGUGAAAGUAAUGUCCCCCACUACCAGAACCUUCGUGUCUUUUAUGCUAGGUUGGCUCCUGGCUAUGUCAAUCAGGAGGUGGUGAGGCUGUAUCUGGCAGUGCUAAGUGACCGGACCCCAGAGAAUCUUCAUGCCUUCCUCAUUUCUGCCCCUGGCAGUUUUGCAGAGAGUGGAACCACUAAAAACCUUUUAGACUCCAUGGCUCGAAAUGUAUGUUUGGAUGCUUUGCAGUUGCCCAAGUCCUGGAUUAAUGGAUCUGGCCUCCUUCAGCACUUGAAGUUCAACAACCCUUUCUACUUCAGCUUUAGCCGCUGCACCUUAUCUGGUGGCCACCUGAUCCUGCGCGUUAUUAAUGGAGGGAAGGACCUCAAAAGCUUGACCAGUUUGAAUCUCAGUGGCUGCAUUCACUGUCUGUCUUCUGACUCCUUGUUUCGGAAGGCAGAAGAUGAUAUUGACAGCAGCAUUUUGGAGAGUCUGGUUGUUUCCUGCUGCAAUCUGAGACAUCUGAACCUUUCUGCUGCCCACCAUCACAGCUCGGAAAGCCUAGGGAAGCAUUUGUGCCAGCUCCUGGCACGGCUAAAGCACCUGCUGUCUUUGGCGCUGCCGGUUUGCUCCAUCACAGAUGUUCCUACAAACACAGACAAGCCACCUGUGCAGUCUGUGACUAAUGUGGUGCCCCCAGGCCUUGGGAAGAAAAUCCGGAUUGGGGUGCCAACAUAUGCCAAGAACUUCUUGGAGCAGUCAAAUCAGAAGUCUCAAUCCUCUGUGUUUUGGACUCUAUUGGAGAACCUCCCGUUUUUGAAAAACUUGGAGUUAAUUGGGUCCAACUUUUCCUCUGCCAUGCCCCGGAAUGAGCCAGCAAUUCGGAACUCACUGCCCCCUUGCAGCCGGGCACGGAGCGUUGGGGAUUCAGAGGUGGCUGCCAUUGGCCAGUUGACCUUUUUGCAGAACCUCACUUUAGCACAGCUACCUAAUAUCCUGACUGGUUCUGGGCUUGUUAGCAUUGGAUUGCAGUGCCAGCAUCUGCGGAGUCUCUCAUUAGCCAACCUGGGCAUGAUGGGAAAAGUGGUCUAUAUGUCUGCCCUCAUGGACAUGCUGAAGCACUGCAAGUGCUUGAGGGAUCUCAGGCUAGAGCAGCCGUACUUCAGUGCUAACACCCAGUUCUUCCAGGCACUGAGUCAUUGUUCUUCUCUCCAGCGCCUUUGUGUCAUCUCCCGGAGUGGAACUCUGCAGUUUGAUGCAGUGAUGUCAUUCAUGGCCAACUGCCUUGAGGUCGUCAUGUGCCACAUGUUUAUGGGAGAAUCUCUCACAAUUUGCAAAAAUCUUCAGCAGACCAUUUUACGGAGUUUCCAGGCAGACCGCCCUGCAUUAAAUGUCGUCAUUUUCCCUCUACUACAUGAGGACUUGACGGAGGUCAUCAGAGAUGUCCCCAUGAUGCACUUGGAUGAAAUUACCUUGUUUAAAAGCAGAGUGGCUGAGGAACCUCCAAACCUGUGGUGGUGAUUGUGCCAUAGCACAUGUAGAACAGUUGGGAUGAACGUGUGAAACAGCUUCUUAUUGGCCUGGAAUCCCCCUUCUUGAGCUUCUGGCCGCCUUAUGGGAUGCUGUACGAUCACUUUAAAUCAGUGCAAUUGAAAAGCAGAAGAGCCUCGACAAACACCGACCUUGCACAUAAAAAUACAAUAUCAAAGCCUUUUGGAACCAUAUGGAGAUUUCCUUGUGGUUAAUAAUGAAUUCCUCUUUUACGUUCUAUUAGUUAAAGGUAAGAGAAACUAACUUAAAGAAUGCUCCCAUUCUUACCCUUCACCCCUUGUUGCCUGAUCUAUUUCUGUAGGGUUCCUGUGUACUUUGGUGGUAUGCGCUGUUGUUUCCUCAGUGAUCAUUCUUUGCUUGAGUCUGUUGUUAAUGGCAAAGUAGGAGGCCUGAUUCUGGGUGAGUUAAUGUCCCUCUGUUACAAUGGGCACAAAGGUUCAUUGCUCGAAUGAAAUGUAUCAUACCUCUUAUUAUAAAUGUGUGUACAUAGUUACGCACGUGUGAUGAGAAAUAUUUAAGGGUAUUCUCUUUUGAGAGAAGUACCUCAGGUUUUUUUGUUUUUUUGCCCCCACGUAGCAAAUCAUGAUUGUUAACCUUUCAAGCCCAUUGCUACAUUCGCCUUGCUGUUAAUGUUUGGGCCGUUUGGCUUGUGGGGAAGAAUUCCUCAUUUGUGUCUCGAGUUUCCUCUUUAGAUUUCACAAACUCCAUGUUACCAAAUCGCCAACCUGAGUCCCAUCUACCCUAAAAAUAAUAAAUAAAUCAACAUGUUAGAACACUGGUCCAAUGGCAGUGUAGGUGGGAGCCUAAUGGACCAGCUCUAUCCCCAAAUCAUGUGCCUGAGCAUGAUUUCAGAGAUUGUAUGGAGUAUUUUCAAAGUGUAACUUCAUUAGCCUUGCCUGCUCUACUGAGUGUCCUUAGGAAUUUGUAGUGGGCUGGAUCACUUUUCAGAGUGCCUUAUUGAUGUAGCACUUUCUAAAGGGUCAAAUCGCUGUGCCAAAUGCCAAAGUGCGCGUAUUUAGUACAAAUGUUCUAGGUGGUGGUAGGAUUUCCCUUGAAGUGGAAUAUUCCAUGGUAAAAUAUGGGGCUAAUCUUUUCCUUAGAGGUUAUCCAUUUGAGUUUGAACACUUUCAAUCCAGUGGUAUGGCAAACAGCUGUGCUAUGACAUCACUGCUUGGGAACUCAGCACGUCCAUGGGUGACGUCACAGAAUCGGCUAGUCAGUGUUUCCUACAGAGCGGUGCCAUAGUUUCAUAAGCAGUGGCUACUGGGAACGGUGUCAAAAACAUCAUGGUUUCAAAGGGUGGAUUGGAUAGCAGAAUAGAUCUUUACGCAGGCUUCAGACACUUUUCUCUAGUCUUGUUCCCACUGCUUAAAAAUUUCCAGACUUGUUUAUCCUGUCCUACACGUUAAAUCAUGGGCCAGCCUGAUGCAACCCAUAUGUGUACAAAGAGGACCUAACUAUACGUGUGCUCAUUGAUACUUUCUCAGCAUUCGCCAUUUAUUAAGAGUGAGGCUGCAUAUUACCCAAUUAACCCAUCGGAGCACAUUUGUACUUCUCUUUGCUUUAGAGCUCACCCUUACCUUUAAGAGCAUCAAGUAGUUAAUUUUUGCCUUCUCUUUCUGUACACUCUCUUUUCAGCAGCCCCUUUACUGAGUGGGACUUCCAGAUCGAAGCUCUCUUUCCCUUUCCCUUCCCACAGGACAGAUUGGCUAGCAAGGGUGUGGGAGUGCGAGCUGCUAGUCUUGUAGCUAUUAAAUAAAUAAGCAGAUGGGUUUUAUGCUUUUGCGUGAAGCAGGUGCCCUGUAGCAUUUCCGCAGCUUUAGCCAGAGCCCCUCAUCGCUGGGCCACUGGAUGAGGUGCUCCAGAACUAAACUAGGUUUCCAAAAUAUCCCUGACGUGUGUGUGUGGGGGGGGGGGAUUCUGUUAAGCAUGGGUAGGUAGGUAGCUGUUACCCCUUCGCUAGGGUUCUACCACUGUUUUCUAUCUAGUUGUCUCCAGAAUCCUGUCUCUCUCUUCUAACCUCUUCUUGUAUCUGUGGCUUGGUUGAGCCCCCUUCUUUGUCAGGCUGGGCUCCUUUCUCCCUCACAAAGCAGAUGUACUUUUUGGGGGGGCAGGAAAAUAAAUUACUGCUUUGUCCAGGUGAGACCGCUCUGUGCAGUUGCUGAGUAGAUCCCUUCUCCAACACAGAUUAUUGGGGGUUAAGUAAUGAGGAGAUAUUGAAGCAUCACUAAAGCUGCAUUUCUUUUCCUCCUGAACCCCUAGCAACUUCAGUGUGGAGCAGAGGGAAAGGUGAGUGGGUACAGGUCUGGAGACAGAUCUCUGAUAUUCAGUCAAUUAUGGGAACUAUCCUAGCCAAUAAACAGUGGCCUCAAGUAGUGCAUAGUGUGGUGCCUGAAUGCUAUAGGUAAGAACCCUUUUGCACUUGAGCAGGGAUUUCUCUUUCUAACAAGUAAUGGGGCAUCGUUAAGAGAUGGCUCAAUGGAUUCUAGUUACGAGGAAACUUCCAGCUCCCAUUUUCUUCCUGCUGGAAGGAUCUGAUUUCUGUGAUAUCUGCUGAAUAGGCAGAAAAAAUCGAUUCAAAUCUGGCUCUAUUGUUCAAAAAGGUAUGUUCUAAUAGGUCCAUGCUUUUCCUAGUCCUUUCUUUUAAAAACUGUUGGUGUGAUAAAAUAUGCUUCAUGAAGGUCAGUUCCUUUGUAAAGAGAUUCUUUCCUACCUCUAGGUAAAAUGGGAGUGGAUCCCUUUAUCAAGUAUGUAUACGACCAUUAUUGUAUUGCCCGUGGCAUGAUGCUUAGACAUCUGUAUUCACGUGAGCAGGUCUGUGAUCUCAAUAUGAACCGCAACGUUCAGAAUAAGGGCUAGGAAAGGCCAGCCAGUCGCACCUCAGGUUAUGCUAAAGGGACCGAAAAGAAUCCUCACCCCCAAACGGUGGGACCGUGCUCUGCAUCCCUGCUACAGAGCCUCCUGACUGUGAGUGAGAAUUUCCGCUGCUUCUGCACUCCAGGCAGGAGUCACCAGAUGUUAAUAAUGUGCUUAUUUUCUCUAAGUGCUAUUUUGGCAUCGGUGUUAAUUACAAUUUAUAUUCUGCAACGUUUAUACUGGGAAAAGAACCCACCCUAAUAGUCCCCAAUUGGCAGUGCUGGGCUAUUAAACAUAGCACCAUAUGUUCUGAGCAGAGAAGUAUAUGGGAUUCAAAGCAUAGUCAGCAUUAAGGUUCCAUGUGCAGUUUUUGGGGAGGACUUUUUGUCGUUGUUCUUGUUCCUAGUUUUUCUUUGACACAAAAUGCCCUUUUUUGUUUACUCUCCAUCCCCUCCACUCCAAAAAUCCCUCCCUGCCAUCUGUGGAUGAGACGAUUGUCUGACUCACCCCGUUCUCUUGAGCACCCUGAACCGCAUCAGGUGCCCUUCCCACAGGGGCUGCUUCUGCGGUGCUCCCGGUCCCUGCCGGACAGUGAAGGAGCACCAGUUAUUAGAUCAGAACUCUGACCGUUCCUCUGGCAGUGGGCUUCAUUGCUAGCAAACCAUUGGGUAGGCCACAAACUCCCGUUCUUUGCAAGUGUUUGGAUGGAUGCAUUUUGACGCUAACUGGAUCGGAUGCUAAAGUUAAAUUAAAAGUUACAGUCACAAGAUCAUUGAUGCCAAAACAUGUGUAACAAAAUGGCUUUCCAUUCCUGCUGCUUGGUGGGUUCUAGGCUUUUUUUAAAGUGGUUUUAGCUUUUGAUAAGGAGAAGCUGACUGGAUCAAAUGAGUCGAAAAAAGGCACCUUAAAGGGAAUGUAAUCCUGUUAGUUUCUUCCUCUGCCUUUUGGCAAAGCUCUGUUUGGGUUCUCUUUUGGCACCUUGUUUAAAACCCUCCCACCCACUCAUGGUACAGCAACAAUAUAUCACGUCAUCAGGUUUCCCGAGUGCUGGGAGUGAUGCUAACCUGUCACCCUGCGGUGUGGCACUUCAGCGGUAAGAAAAGAGUUUAAAGAGAAUUGAGACAGCUUGAUCUGUUGGCUGGAGCAUCAAACUGGGAGCUGGUUUUCAGUCUCCUCUCUGCCACUUGCUCAUUGUGUGAUCUUGGGCAAGUUGUUCAACCUCUCUGUGCCUCAAGUCCCCCAUCUGGCUCCCAGGUCACAUUAGGCUAUUGUAAAGCUCUAAAGUGUUGUCCGUCUUGGAGGACAAACAACCGAGGACAGUGCUAAUUUAGGAGGAGGGGAAAAUGGGAUGAAUUAGAGCAGCUGUCUUGAGUUUCCUAACGUGGCCCAAGGUGGAGUAGAGUCCAGGUGCUGCCAGCUGCAAUCCCAAUAUCAAUAUCCUGAUUGUCUCAGGUGACAGAGUUAAAAACACAGAAUAAACAGGGCACUGGGGAGCUUCCCAACAAUGGAAACUGCUGUUGAGCAUUUCUAUUCCCUGUGAAAGGCCACAUGAACCAUAUACUACUAACACUCCCAUAGGCGGCGGUCACCUUCCUUAGCUGACUGUUACUGGGACUUACCCUGCUGCUGGCAACGGGCUGCCCCAUGACUGCCGGUGACUGUGGGCUAAAGGACUUCUCCAUUGCUCUCCUCGUAUUGAGAGGAAGGGAUGAAAGUCUUGCAGAUGAGUGCUACUAUAGGGCUUGCCAAGAGCCCUCAACUCUUGUUUAUCCCAGUGAGAAUUGCGGGUGCUCAGCACCUUGUAGGUCCAGCCUUUCACCUUUUGCAGUGGGGGUCUCGUAACUUCAGAAACAAAAUCCCGAUACGUAAUUUAGCAAUAUGUUAAUACUCCAGGUGGUGCGGUAGCUUAUUUGAUCUGCUCAUGGGAGACUAAAUCCAGUGCUGAUCCUGGCUGAUGCUGUGUCCAGCCAAAGCCUUUCACACUCCUACCAGGAGGAGAAUAAGUCUGGAAAAGGAGCAACGUGAACAUGACUUGGCUAUUGCCGAAGAAAAUCUCUCUCUCCAUUGCAGGGUCCGUAGGCUGCCUCCCUGUUCGAUUAGAUGCAUAGGCAGCCAAGGCUCUCUAGCAGGAGAAUCAUUUCCAUAGAAACCGAUUGGGAUGUUGUAGAGGGAAUAAUGAUUAAUAGCGAAGGGACGUUGCCUCAGGCCCUUUUCAUUUUUUCGGGGGCAGCGAGGGACAAACCAGAAGGAAGCAGAGCCCAGGUAGGGGGAGAUGCAGUCUCUAACACUAAUGAAAAACAUCUCUUCCAUUAAUUUCCAGGCCAGCUCCCCUCUUCUCCCUCCCUCGGCGGCUGCUUUCCAGCUUCCUUUGAAUUUUCAAAAUGGCUAACCUGGUUAGAAGUAAUGAUAAAAGGAUGGAUGAUGCCUGGCUAUUAACAUGGUUGCUGUUAGCAGCAGGAUCUCAGCCAUAAAACAUGAAGCAAGGGAGACAUUGACCUUUCUGCUGUUUUGAAAUGAAUGGAGACAUCGAUAUCUAUUGUUUUCAGUGGCAUUGACCUCUGACAUUCUCACUUCUCCUUCUCCCUCGCUCUUUUAUUUCCUCCUGAUGCUUGGGGAAAGGGGUCAGUUUGUACCAUCUAUUGAUCCUGAUCUUACUUGGUGAUAGGGAAAUAAUUAGAAUUGUAAAAGAUCUACAUCAUACUACACUAUAUAUCUAUAUACAUACAUCCCUCCCUCCCCCCACCCCCCAUGGAAAUUCAAAACUCCUAGAUCUGAAAGAAGGCCGAUCAAUUUAGGUUUAAUUACUAAAUGUUUUUUAUUUUAGCUUUGUAAAUGCUCAAGUGUAGCAUUUUAUGUUACUGUCACAGGAGUCUGGAUGCCUGGUGCCUUGUUUUAUUUAUUUAUUUUGUUGUAAGUAGCCCCUCUUAUGUGAACAACUUCUACGUACUGAGAAUGUGAAAUCAGGCAUUGCUAAUUAGCUGGAUGACAAUUAAGUAAUGUAGCACAAAACCAUUAGGACAUCGAAUUUGUUUUUGAAGUUUCUCCUUUGAAGUGGAAGCUGCAACUCUGCCCAAGGCUGCUAGGGAAAUGUUUUUUUGUCAGAAUUUUCUUUGAAAAAUGUCCGUGUAAAGUCCCUAUUCUGUUGAGAAUCUCCUAUAUUCACUCCUAUAUAAACAGAGGGUGAAACUUUGUUGUCAAAAUGUUGAAUUUAAAAAAAAAAAAGACAUUUAAGGAGCAAUUGGUCUCUAAGUAACACCCACUUUUUUGGUAUAACUGUUACUGAAACCGUUGUUUCAGCUUGCUGUAAGAGAAUUGUGUUACAAUGAGAAUGAAGACGUAUGUUACACCGAAACAUGAAAGCUAGAGGAGGUGGCUUCCAAAAUCAAGAUUUAGCCUGUGAUGUGCUAAAUGACACCAGGAACCCAAGCAGCCUGUUUGCAAAUGACUGACAAACUCCUCAGUUUUAACAGCUCCAUCUGUGCACUUGUUUUACACUUGUAUUUACAGCUCGCUCUUUGUUCAUAAUAGUGAACCACAUUCUCAAUGUGCAAUUUUUCAUGUACAUUUGUGGCAUGUAAAAGAUUUCAAAUAAAGAGUGAAACUGAUUUUAAAACA